AUUCUUGACUUCUUCUCCCCCUCUUUCUAUCAAUCACGUAUUUCUUUCAACUUCAUUAAAAAAUUUAAAUCCCUUUAACAUCAGCAUCCACCACCAGCUCAACACCGGAUCUUCACCGAUUUAACCGUUAAAUCCAUAUCUUCUCCCAAACCCUAAAUCACUUCAUCAUAACACAAGUAUACUAUACUAAAAUCGUUAAAAAAAAAUGGAUAGAGAGCCGUUAAUUCCACCGAGCAACACACCAAGAACACCGCCGUCACUUUGUCCGUUACCCGAAAACGACGAAAUCUCAAUUCCGUUAUCUUUAACCCCAUCUGAACUUAAAGACAUGUUAAUUUUCGGUUCCCCAAGAGAACCCACUUCCUCAAUCAUAGAUGCCUUGGCGGCUAACCACCAAUUUGGACCCGACCCGAAUAAAGAACCCCUGUCUUGGCUAUCCGACCCGAAUUACUCAUGUAAGACUACUAACUUACAUAGGUCCAAAACUGCCCCUGCUAUGGCUGCUAUUAAUGAUUUAGAACGCCCUUGUAAAGACGGCUCAAAACCGCCUCAGUCGAGUAGUUUUACGAUUGUUCGACAAGCGGUUUUGUUGUUGUUUUUGUAUUUGUCAUUAGGGGUUAGUAUAUAUUGGUAUAAUAGAGAACAUUUCGUUGCGGAUGAAACCCAUGUUGUUGUUGAUGCCCUGUACUUUUGUAUCGUUACUAUGUGUACUAUAGGUUACGGUGAUAUAACGCCGAAUAAUUACGUUACUAAGUUGUUUUCCGUUUUAUUUGUUUUGGUCGGGUUUGGGUUUAUAGAUAUUUUGCUUAGUGGGAUGGUUACGUAUGUUUUAGAUUUACAAGAAAAUCAUUUGUUGAGGUCGUUAAAGAAUAACGUAAACGGAGUCUUGGAGACGGAUAAUCAACAUCAUCAUCAUCCGUCGUAUAUUAUUGAUGUGAAAAAAGGGAGAAUGAGGAUACGGAUGAAAGUUGCGUUAGCGUUAGGCGUUGUGGUUCUUUGUAUUGGGGUUGGUGUUGGGGUUAUGCAUUUUGUCGAGAGGUUAAGUUGGUUGGAUUCGUUUUAUCUUUCCGUUAUGUCUGUUACUACUGUUGGAUAUGGUGACCAUGCUUUUAGUUCAAUGGGGGGUCGGAUUUUUGCUUCCAUUUGGUUGCUUGUGUCGACCCUGGCUGUCGCUCGUGCUUUUCUUUACUUGGCUGAGGCUCGAGUGGAUAAACGCCACAGGAGGAUGGCUAAAUGGGUUCUUGAUCAGGGUUUGACCGUUUCUCAGUUUCUUGCCGCUGAUAUUGAUAACAAUGGCUACGUCACCAAGUCAGAGUUUGUGAUAUACAAGCUAAAGGCGAUGGGAAAGAUCUCAGAGAAAGACAUAUUACAGAUAUGCAAAAUUUUUGAUCGUCUGGAUGCACAAAACCUUGGAAAGAUCACGUUGGGUGACCUUAUGGAAAGCCACAAUAACAAACACGAUCAUGUGAAAUUGUAAAAGGUGAAAGGUGUCUGGGCCUGAUGAGGUCUGCUGGUGGAUCUUAAGAGCUGUACAUAAGGGAAGCCUGGGACGAGGUUCUUUAUAUAUCUCUUUAGUUUUGGCGCCGUUACUUCCUUUUUUUUAUUAACAUUGUAAUAUAUCAAGUAUUGAUUCUUAUGCAGACAUGUACGUAGCAAGUAGAUGCAAAAAGCAUAAGAUGUCGGUCUUUAUGCUUUGAUUGUUAGCAACUGAAAGUACUGUAAAAGUUACUUAAAGAUUAAAGUAUGAAGCUAUGGUUACAUUGAAAUGUUUACUAUUAAA